CAAAACGUUACUUGGGUGCACUAGCACAGCGGUGCAUGGUUGAAGUACAUGUAGACAUGUAUACUCAAAGGAUCAAUUAUUGCCGCAUUCAUGACCUUAUGCUGGAUUUGUGUUUAUCAAAGGCAAAAAUGAAUGAUUUUCUCGAGAUCAUUCAUCUCCAACGCGAAACUGAUCUAGCUGAUUGCUUUUCCACCACAUCAACAACCACUACUCCUAAAAUACGCAAACUUGCAAUUCAUUUGAGUAGGGAUGUCGAAAGAGUUGUCUUCCCUGACUUGGAGACAACUAAACAGCUAAGAUCAAUAUUGUUGUACGAUCCAAGAAUUCACUUGUGGCCUUUAUCAAGUGAUGAAAAGUCUUCAAUAGAGUUGAACUCCCAUGUCAAGUACUUCAAAUUGCUUAGGAAUUUGGAUCUUGAAGGAUUUAAGUUUGAUGAAAAGUCAGUCGAAUCAGUAGGUAACCUAAUUAGCUUGAGGUACUUGAGUUUUAGAAGUUGUUUCAUACCUAAGUGGCAUUCGUCUAUCUGCAAGUUGAAAUACUUGCAAACCUUGGAUUUACAACAUUGCGAGUUCAACCCAGGUGAAGUAAUAGUCUUACAUGGAAUGGAACAAUUGAGGCAUUUGUAUAUUCCUCGCAAUGCUAAAUUCAAAUUUGAUGGGUUAAGCAACCUCGAAACAUUAGGAGGGUUUGACACAAGAUCUUGUGACGUCAAUGAUCUGUGUAAAUUGAUCAAUCUUCGGCAACUAGAAGAUGCAACUUUCUCGGAGGAGGACAAUCAGGACUUAGCGGCUUUCAUCAACUACCUAAACAUCAGUGCAAACCACCUUCAACAUACAUCCUUAUCAGUUGAAUUUUACAAAAAAGAAGAAGAGUUGACUCUUCUCAAAAAACAACUGUUAGGGUGUCACCAUAUUUACAAAUUGAGUAUUAGUGGAAUUAUUCCCAAGUUACCAGAGUACUGCCAGGGUUUCUCUCCCAGCCUCAUCGAGUUAAUUUUGUUUGGAUGUGAACUUGAAGAAGACCCUAUGCCAACAUUGGAGAGGCUACCUAACCUACAAUAUCUCUAUUUAGGUAGUGGUGCCUUUAUGGGGGACAAAAUGGUUUGCUCAGCUAAUGGUUUCCCCCAACUCAAAACCCUAUCUCUCUAUCAGUUGAUGCUCUUAAAAGAGUGGGAGGUGGAAAAAGGAGCGAUGCCCAAUCUCUCUAAUUUAAAAAUUGCUUAUUGCGAAGGACUUGAAAUGGUUCCAGAGGGACUGAGAUUCAUUGCUACCCUCCAACGAUUUACAAUUAGAGGAGCGGACGAUAAAUUCAAUAACAAGCUUCGAAGGGUCAAUGGUAAAGAAGGAGAAGAUUUUUACAAAGUGCGACAUGUGUCUUCCCUCAACAUUAUUGGUCAAUAUGAAGAAAGAGAACGGGAAAGGAAAAAAAUUUUCUGUCUAUAUGAAGAAGAAGAAGAAUGGGAAGUGAAAGAAGAAGAUUGGUAAGUGGAAGAAGAAAACAGUGGAAGUUAGAAUUGGAAUUCAUGGUACUUAAUUUUAUUUAAUUAGUUGUGGUACUAGAUUUGAUUUGCAUAGGUUGUAUUUAGUCUUUGUUUGGGAUUGGCUUUUGUAGCUGGCUUUUUUUGUGUUGAAACUUUUUUAGUCUCGUUUGGUUUGACUUUUUUGAUUUUUGUGAGAGAAAAAGUGUAAUAAUUAUGGUUUA